AUGAGCGGCGAGAUCAAAACUAUCGCCCGUGCCCUUCGCUCUGCGAGCCACAACACUCUUCCCAACGGCGAUCUUACCUUCCUCGAGAUCCAACACCGCCGCUUGAUUGAGAAGGUCUAUGAUGGCGAAGAGCUCAAGGACCAGCGGAUGGUUGCCGCUGGACUGAGAAAAGGCUCAACUGCGGGCUAUGCUCUGGCCAAAGACAGAACCUUCGCUGUAUAUAUAGGUGACGACAGCAUUAUCAAGGCCAGUGAGUAUGAUGAGGAUUCUGAGGAGUGGGAUGAGGCGGAGCUCGAAGGCCUCGGCGAUGUCCCCGUCCAUGGUGAGGGUCACGUCACUGUCGCAGGGCUUCCUAGCAUGAACUUGGUUCUGUAUCAGGCGCCUGAUGGUACUGUCAAGACUAUCAAGCACGAUAAGGAGUCCGAUAUGUGGACUGAAGAGUUUGACAUCCCUGGAUCCGCAGCAAUUGGAACUCCGAUUGCAGGGUUCUCGACCGACGAGGCUCUCAUUGUGAGCUUCUUCGGAGAAGACAACGAGAUCCACGUUCACAGUCGAGACUUUGAGAACGGUGACUGGACUGAGGAAACCAUCAAUGAUUCCUCCUUUGACGACACUGUCGAUAGCAUCAUCGUCGCCAAAGACAAAGACAGCGGCAACUUUGAAGCUUACGUCUUGGCCAGCCACACGGUCUACAACAUCACCAAGUCCGGGUCUCGCGACACCGUCGGUUCUUUCAGCAGUGAUGGCGACUUUGUGCCCUCCACUAAAGCUGAGUCUGGUGGCUGCUACGGCAACAAUUGGGAGGGUGUAGCUGCGGCUGCGGUCAGGGCUACAUGUGCGGUUGCUACAGUUGUGGCUGCGGAUGUCCUCGCCCCCGCCGUUGCCCUCCUUGUUGGUGAUGUCGGUUGA